AUGCCUCAGAGCCAUCGCCUACAGAAUUCAUUCACACCUCUUAAGGACCGUCUGUCGUCUCAGCUCCAGGGACCUCCGAUGAAUACGUCGCACUUCGACUCUCAGGCACAUCCUAUGAGUCUCCAUAUUCUUCAUACCCAGACUGACCCCCGCUACGUGGUCCCGCCUGACUACACUAUACCCAACGUAUCACCUGGGCAUCCUCAAGAUUAUUACCAAAGCCAGGGACCUAAGGCAAUCUUCCAACCUCAUGGGCCAAGUUUUCGCACAGAGUCAGCCCAAGAACCUCUACUAUUUGAAAGGCCACCCCCAGAUCAAUUUGCAAGUAACAUAUACGAGGACGCAGUAUAUUUUGAUGAAAGGGAGAACGACUCCCUGGACGAUGACAGGGGCACUAUAUCUGCCAUAGGCGACUUCCAAUACACCAACGACUGGGCCCAGAAUAGACUGAGAAACCCGCCGGAGCGGUCUGGUCAGAGUUCUCGAAACUACCCAAGGAAAUCGAGGGGCUUUGAGCACGAUGACCCUCGAGAUCGCGCCAUGAGCAGCGAGAAGGGACCUCUUUGGAGUCACCGAGACAUCAGCCGGACUAGGUUGGACACAGCAGAAGGAUGGCGGCAGCAGGCGAGUUUUGGCGCGCCUCAAACUAGGGAAGAAAGGCAUUCCGAACAAAAGCAGGCCGACGGCUCCCAGGCGACGCGGUUCAGGGUCAAGCCGCUCGACUUCACCCGAUGA